AACACAACAAUCCUAUGGAAGAUAUAAAUAAAUAAUAAGUGUUUUCUUAUAUCAUAUGUAAAGAAGAAGAAGAAGAAAAGUUUUAUGAUGAAGAAAAUAACAUUCGUGUGCUUUUAUAUACAUAUAUAUGUUGUUUGAGAAAAAUAACAUUUAAUGGUCUUAGAUAUUAAUUAUAUCGCACAUUAAGACCAACGCUAUAUAUAUUAGUAGCCAAACACCACACAUACAAAGUUGUUGUGAGCGUUAUAUAAGUGAUCAUCGGAUCAAUCGAUAGCCUCGUCUGGUGAACAUCCGGGUCAGCCAGUGAUCAGCUGUGAUCGGUGUGAAUGGUGUGAUGAAGUGAUUGAGAUGACACUCAAAUGGGAUAAGUUGUCUCCAUCCGAGUUUGAACAGCUCCAGGAGUGUAUUCAGUAUUCAACGAAGAAGUUGAGCGAUGUAUUGGACUCGGAGUUCAAGGAAUCGGGAGCUCUUUGGCGGUAUAACCCCGAAGGCGACAUGGAUUUGGAGGGCUUUCAGCGCUUUAUGGAUAUAUACCUUGAGGUGGAAUCUCCGCGAGAACUCAUUAAACGACUAUUUUUAUCAUUUGUUAAGAAGAAUGUGUCGCCAAUUAAUAAGAUAAGUGUCGGCAAACAUUGUGUGCCCUCACAAUCGGUACCCGAAGGAACCAAAUUGCUUACUAUGGCUGCCGUCACUUCCACCACAGCCUGCGCUCCAAUUACUUCCCACAACACGACCGGCGGAUCGCUUCCAGAACUCACUCACGAUAUUAUUAUUCAAAACUAUUGCGAAUCCAAUUCAAAGAUUCAAAGAAGGAUACCUUACAUAACAGCGGAAGUGUCGACAAAUCGCAUUCAGCCGUUGGGGGACUCGCCGACAAAAUUCACGGCCUGACUGAGAGGUUACACAGUCUUAGCUAUCAUCGCAGCGAAAGUGAAUGCACCUCAAGAGGAAGGGCAGGGAGUGCAAGUAUUCACCCUCUGGUAACUGUCACACAGAAUUGUUUGGACCAAAAGUCGAGCGACUCUUCCCCUAAUCAUAGCCAAGUUUCGCGCAAUUCAUCGAAAAAGUCCAACAGUUCUAUCCUUAUUCACGCCACCAGUAUG